AUGAUUGAAAAAGAAGAUGAAAAAAGUAAGCGCAUGAAGGCAGAAAACUUGAAGAAAAUAAAAUAUUUACUGUUAGAGAGUAUGAAUAAGGAAGGAAGCAUUGAGUCAGAUUUAUUUGGCAGAGAAGAUAUGAUAAGCACUGCAUCUAGUAAAGCACACAACGAAUUUGUUUGCUUUAUAAUGCAAGAUACUCCAUAUAAUGCUUGUAUUUCAAAGGCUAUCUCGAAAUACCCAGAAGAAAGUGCUGUUUUUAAACAAAAAUCAAUUAAAGGUCAUCGUCGAAGAAAAAGCGAAAAUAAUUUAUUGUAA